AUGUCCAGCUUCUCCAGCCCAGUUGGUUCAGAGGGUCCGGUGGCGACGUCAAUCAGGGGCAAGUUGAUGUCUGCCCUGAGGCCAGCGGAGAUGCAAAUCACAAACGACUCGGGGCAGCACCGUCAUCAUGCCGCUAUGAAGGCACAGGGCGGAGGCAAUGGAGAAACUCGUAGGUCUUUCUAUCCACCUUCUCAAUUUUCCACACGUCGAUUGCCCGAAGUUUACGACACCCUUAAUCGCUUUGCAGAUUUUACCAUCCAAGUGGUCUCAGAAGAGUUCCGCGGCAAGACAACGAUGCAACGGCAUCGCAUGAUCUAUUCUGCUCUUGCGGAGGAAUUUUCCCAGGGUUUACAUGCAUUAUCCUUGAAGACCAAAACGCCUGAGGAAUUCGAGAAGAGCAAGGCUGUAUGA